GGGCGCGUAGCGGGGCUCGUGCGGCGCCUGGCCGCCAUGGGCCGCCGCGCGCGCGACCGCAGGCGGCAACAGCAGCAGCGGCAGGAGCGAGGCGGUGACAGCGGCGGUGGCGGCGGCGGGGACCAGGCGGGCUGGGCCGGCGGCUACCCCGAGAUCGUGAAGGAGAAUGAGCUGUUCGAGCGGUACUACCGGGAGCUGGGCAUCGUGCCCGACGGAGAGUGGGGAGACUUCAUGGCGGCGCUGAGGGAGCCGCUGCCCGCCACGCUGCGCAUCACCGGCUACCGCAGCCACGCCAGAGAGAUUCUCCACUGCUUAAAGGAAAAGUACUUCAAGGAGCUGGAGGACCUGGAAGUGGAUGGCCAGAAAGUCGAAAUGCCGCAGGCGCUGAGCUGGUAUCCAGAAGAGCUAGCCUGGCACACCAACCUGAGCAGAAAAAUCUUGCGCAAGUCACCGCAGCUGGAGAAGUUUCAUCAGUUUCUGGUUAGCGAGACAGAAUGUGGAAAUAUCAGUCGACAGGAGGCUGUUAGUAUGAUCCCACCUCUGCUGCUUAAUGUUAACCCUCAUCAUAAGAUUCUAGAUAUGUGUGCUGCACCUGGAUCUAAGACUGCCCAACUGAUUGAAAUGCUACAUGCAGACAUGAAUGAUCCUUUUCCCAAGGGUUUUGUAAUUGCUAAUGAUGUCGACAACAAGCGCUGCUAUUUGCUGGUUCAUCAGGCUAAGAGGUUAAACAGUCCGUGCAUCAUGGUGGUAAAUCAUGAUGCCUCCAGCAUUCCUAAUCUACAAAUAGAUGUUGAUGGAAGAAAAGAGAUCCUCUUCUAUGACAGGAUUUUAUGUGACGUCCCCUGCAGUGGAGAUGGAACUAUGAGGAAAAACAUUGAUGUAUGGAAGAAAUGGACGACACAAAACAGUUUGCAGCUCCAUGGAUUGCAGUUAAGAAUUGCAACCCGUGGUGUUGAACAGCUGGCAGAAGGCGGGAGAAUGGUGUAUUCCACGUGUUCGUUGAACCCCAUUGAAAAUGAAGCAGUGAUCGCAUCUCUGCUGGAAAAGAGCCAAGGUGCCUUAGAACUUGCCGAUGUCUCUUCUGAGUUACCAGGUUUGAAGAGGAUGCCAGGAGUUACAAAAUGGAAGGUAAUGCUGAAAGAUGGACAGUGGCUUGAAGAGUGGAAAGAUGUGCCUUCAAAUAGACAAACACAAAUACGUCCCACUAUGUUUCCUGUAAAAGAUGAAGAGAAGCUGAAGGCAAUGAAUCUAGAGCGUUGUCUUAGGAUAUUGCCACAUCAUCAGAACACAGGAGGUUUCUUUGUGGCUGUGUUAAUAAAAAAAUCACCAAUGCCUUGGAAUAAACGCCAGCCUAAGGCUCAUCAGAAAUUACCACAAAGAACAGGAGAUGCUGAAGUGACAGCAGCCAAUUCAGAUAAUGGUUCUGAACAUAUUACUGAAGAACUAACACUUGAUGAAAAUGAAGAGUCUAAGAAAAAGCAAGAAUUGCAGAAUUCAGACACUGAACAAAGCAAAAAGGAAGGAGUAUGUGGACCACCACCAUCUAAAAAAAUGAAGUUGUUUGGUUUUAAAGAAGACCCUUUUGUGUUUCUCCCUGAAGAUGAUCCAUUGUUCCUUCCUAUCCAGAAGUUUUAUGCAUUGGACCCAUCAUUUCCCAAGAUGAAUUUACUAACCCGAACUCAAGAAGGAAAGAAGAGACAGCUGUACAUGGUUUCUAAGGAGCUAAGGAAUGUGCUUCUGAACAACAGUGAGAAGAUGAAGGUUAUUAACACAGGGAUAAAAGUCUGGUCUCGCAACACUGAUGGGGAACAGUUUGGAUGUGCGUUCAGAUUAGCACAAGAGGGAAUUUAUACUCUGUACCCAUUCAUUCAUGCAAGGAUUAUAAAUGUCUGCAUAGAAGAUGUUAAAAUUCUGCUAACCCAGGAAAAUCCAUUCUUAAGUAAAUUUAGCAGUGAAACACAGAAGAAAGUCAAAGACAUGGCAAUGGGAAGUAUAGUUCUGAAGUACGACCCAGACCCUGCGAAACCUGAUGAUCUUCAGUGCCCUAUACUGCUGUGUGGUUGGCAAGGGAAGACAUCACUCCGUGCCUUUGUGCCCAGGAAUGAGAGACUUCACUACCUGAGGAUGAUGGGAGUUGAAGUGUUUAAAGCAAAGAGGAAAGAUGAGGAAUCGAAAAGUAAAGCAGAGGAAGAAGUUCAACAUAGGCUGGCACAAACAGAGGAAGGAAUGGAUGUAGAAGACAAAGAACAUGAUUUAGUCACAAAAAUGGAAGCAGAAAUAGGUGAAGAAUCUUCCCACAGUCCUGUGGAAAACAGUGCUAUGGAAGUAGAAAAUAAAAUCGAGGAUUUAGGUCAAUCUGGUAAAAAUGCCAAUAGUCAUGUAAUUCAGGAAAGCAAAGACACAGAGAAGAGUAAUGUGAAAGAUUAGGUUUCUUUCUCUGUUACUUGGCAGCUUCUGUGAGGCUGACAUCCAGACUUGUGCUUUUAGCAUGGAAGUGUAUUUUAAAUUUUCAUUCGGAAUGGGAUGUUCCUCUUUUAAAGUUCCACCUAUUUUAUUUUUUAAGCGAAUACUAUAUAUAAAGAUAUUUCUUUUCAAGUGUGUCUUCUUUUUACCAUUUUAAGCUCUCUAUUACUGGUGGGUUUCUGUGUCUGUUGCUGGCAACAGACCACGCGCCAGUAAAAGCUAAAGCCCAUAUUUGAAAUGGAAUAGUGGUAUGUACAAACAAACUACCUGUGUAACUGAUCGAGAAUUCCUCCAGAAGAAAACACCUGUUUCUUUCAAAACACAUUAGUCCUGGAACAACAGUUUUCUCUUAAUAUUGCUUACUCCAUCUACCACCCAGUCUGAUGACUACUUACACAGGUUCUUAAAUGGGUAAGGGAAUCAGUGUGAGUAUGCAUAAAAAUGCAUGUAUAGGAUAAAUAACUGAGAACCUGGUUAACAAAACCACGCAUCUGGAAACAAAAAUGCAGAACACAUUUUGCCGGAGACUGAUGUUUGAAAUUCUUCUUCAGAGUGACAAAUUUCUUGACAGGCACAGCUAGUGAAUGUUGUUUACUAGAUCUUCAGCUAUGCUGAGCAUACCUGAGACUUGUACCUUGAAAUGUGCCUGUUUUAAAAGUCUGUGACUUUCCUUCAAAUCUGCUGCAGUCAUCUGUUUCUCCAUCAUUUCUUCAGUUGCGAGUAAUCUCUGAUUUUGCAACAUACUUGUUUAUAGCUGAAAUAACAGUUUAAAAAGCCCUGUGGAGGUAUAAAUGUUGUUGUAUAGUAAAUGUCUAAAAGAGGUUAUUUAGGUGCAGAAGGGUAAUUUACCUAAUCUGACUUUGAAAAAAAUAGUGGCUACCUCAGAAACUUAUAAAUUCCAUCCUUUGUGGCUUAGUUUCGGCAGUACUCUUUAUACUUGUAUCAAGUGGACCUGAAAGGAAAGUGACCCAAGGUACAAGGCAUUGUCCUUCUGUAGGACAAUGCCAAUCACAUGGUGAUGCAAAUAUUUGUGUUGCUUGUCAAACUGAGUUUCACCAUGUUUAUUUUUACCAAUGACGUCCUAAUGUGGCUCGGAUCCAUUUGCUGUACCUUGCUACAGCACUUUGUGAUGCUUGCCCUUGAAAUACUUCAUCAGAGGGAGUAUUCUUAAGGGAGGGAUGUAAAAGUGAAAUAAUGGCAUGUCCUCUGAUGAGAUAUGCAGUGAAGACCCAUUGACAGGACUAGCUUCCUCUUGAGAGUCUGUAAAAUAGGUUAAUAAAACAUCAGUUCUUGCCCUUGUA